CUUUCCAAAAGUCACCCUCCUAUAACCAUCUCUCUCUAGCCAUGGUUAAAACCAUAGGAGGUGCUCCCCCAACCGCACUCCGCCGCUCAAGUCGAAAUCGAACACCCAAAAAAUUAUCUUCCUCCUCUCCGAUACAUAUCAACCUUGAACCUAUAUCUCCAAUCAUGGGAGGAAGCCCGAAAAUUUCCAUAGCCGCUGAAGCUGAGUCCAAAUCAACACCCAUGUCGGUCAACAACUCACCAUCUUCUCAGGGGGACAAUCCGAAGAUGGAGACUCUUCUCCGCCCAAGACUCAUCCGGACCGAAUGCUCAAGAAAAGGAAGGCACUGCCCAAGAAAUUCACAAGGAGGAAAGCUAUUGCGAUGAGAAUCAUCUCCGAAAAGGCGGCCAUCAAGCAAUACCCCAUGUUGGGAAAGGUGGCUGAAGAGGAUGCCGCAACACUCAAAGAGGUCUAUCUGAAAUGAGGGUUUGUCAAGGACGAGUGGACCAACUGGCUGAGUUCCAUAGUAUCAUCCGCAAUGACUUUCAGACGUUCAAGAGUGAAGUCUUUGGAAAGCUUGAUGAAUCCACUGAUGGUGUGCGCAGGAGGAUCAUCUCCUCUUCUGACGAGGAGUAAUCAUACAUUUGUUUAAACUUUUAUGGGAUUUCACUAUACAUUAUCACACUCUCUUUCACACUUUACAUUAGCACUAUUUUGAUUCUUCCUGAUUCCUUUUGUUUGAUGACAAAAGGGGGAAAUCAGGUGCCUCUUUAUGUUUUGAUGCUACUCUAAAACUGCUACUGCCGACUACUAAUUUGUAGGGACAUUUUUAUGACACCUAAUGUUUGUCAUCAACAAAAAGGGGGAAUUUGUUGACUAUGUGGUUUUGUUGAUGACUAACCAUGCAUAUAGAACAGCGGACAGAACCGCUCUCAGUUCCAUGAGAAACGGAAGACAGAACUAUCCUUGAUUCUGUUCUGUAUGAAUGGUUUACUUACAUGUUGUAUAAAUUAAUUGACAAGUGCUUUCCUUGUACGAGUGUAUGAAUUAAUGUGCUUAUGUGACCACCUGUGUAAAUAAGCCUCCUACUUGUGAGGAUCACUAUUUUAAGCUACAAUAUUUUCAUGCAUAUUCUAUACGUA